AUGAGCCUUGCAACAGCAGCUGCUAUAAAGAGCAGUCAGCCUUCCACAGGUGAAUCAACGCCUACCACAACAGAACCCAACGAGAUGGAGGCCGGAACCGAUUCGGGCAAGGGCGAUACCAAGCCGAAGAAACGGAGUCUGUUCGGUUUCGGGAAGAAGAAGACGGACGAGAAAGCCGCUGCCAAAACCCCAUCCAAGACAAAAUCUGGACUCCCGAGUCCACCGAAUACCCAAGACAUAACACAGACUUCUGCGAAGCGAUCGGCUACCACGUCGCCGGUACCUGUCGGUAGUCCCAAUAUGAUACCAUCCUCACCCCGAGGCCUCUACUCCUCGUCCCCCAGAAUAAACUCGCCCGCUGGAUCCCAAAUCUUCGAGCGAAACGUUCAAGAAAGCGCCGUCAUGCCCAAUUCACCGGCGAUCCCAUCCCACAUUCAAACGGAGGACCACAUCCCUUCGGUCCUUGACGCCUCUUCUGAAGCCAUUACGAACGGCCAUCUCAACCCCGACACAGUUGAGAUUGUCACUCACAACUCGCACCAGCCAGCCUCUGUGACCGUAACCGGCGCCUCCCCAUACGAAAGCGUUCCCGGCUCGGAGGAUCUGGGAGCCUAUUCAGACAGGGACGAAGCUGCUUCCAACUACGGAUCUCUUGACUCGGCCGACGUACGACGCCUUAGCUUCAUCUCAUUUGCCGAUGUCGUCCAGGCCGAGCAUGGCCCUGGCAUUGCCACGGGCAGUCGGGAUUCGAUGCACCUGGCCGGGUUGACGUCUCUCGCCUCCAUGAGCGCCAAUCGCUCGCCUUCGCCGAUAAGGUCGCCCGUAUCGUCGCAAGGACUAGAGUCAUCCCCGCCACGCAGCAAGUCGGGAUCCAUCAAGGGGUUGAACGGGUUGAACAUGUCGCCCGUGCGGAGACCGCUGGGCAGCCCUGCAUCUACUGAGCACAACCUCACCUCCAGUGGUGAACUGAACAUUGAGACCAUGUCCCAAGCACUGAGACGUACAGCUAGCACCGACUUCAGUGCGGCACGGAGUCUCCCCGUCAGCCCGAUAGAAGGACCCUCUCGUUGA